CCGCCCUCCUCCCCGCCCCGGGGAGCGCGGGGCGUCCCUGGCGUAAGCCGGCUCCGUGAAUUGCGGGAGGCUCGCGGCGGCGCAGUUCCCUCGCUGGAGCCGGCUUCCAGCCCCCGCCUGAGCGCAGGGCAGUAAUAGCUCUUGGAGUCUGCAAUAAAAAAUGGCCUCCAAUAAAACUACAUUGCAAAAAAUGGGAAAGAAACAGAAUGGAAAGAGUAAAAAAGUUGAAGAGGCAGAGCCUGAAGAAUUUGUAGUGGAAAUACUGGAUCGAUGUGUAGUGAAUGGGAAGGUGGAGUAUUUCCUGAAGUGGAAAGGAUUCACAGAUGCUGACAAUACUUGGGAACCUGAAGAAAAUUUAGAUUGUCCAGAGUUAAUUGAAGCAUUUCUUAAUUCUCAAAAAGCUGGUAAAGAAAAAGAUGGUACAAAAAGAAAGUCUUUAUCUGACAGUGAAUCUGAUGAUAGCAAAUCAAAGAAGAAAAGAGAUGCUGCUGAUAAACCAAGAGGCUUUGCCAGAGGUCUUGAUCCUGAACGAAUAAUUGGUGCCACAGACAGCAGUGGAGAUCACUGAAAGAAUAAAAUGUAUGUGUAGAAAGUGUAUAAACUUUGGAAAGAUUCAGAUGAGGCUGAUUUGGUGCUGGCAAAAGAGGCAAAUAUGAAGUGUCCUCAAAUUGUAAUUGCUUUCUAUGAAGAAAGACUAACUUGGCAUUCUUGUCCAGAAGACGAAGCCCAAUAAUUGUUUGCAUUGCUUUUUAUAUAUAUUUAUACAUAUAUAUAAAAUCUGGGUCUUGGUUUUUUUUUUGAUUUAUUAGUGUGAAGAAAGAACUACAUUAUAAUGAAAAUCAAGUUUGAUAUGUUUGUUUUGAAGUAGUGCUGGGGAGUUGUUGGGGGUGGGGGGGGUUGCAUCUAUAGCACUGGUUACUUUGAACAAAAGCUUUCUGUAGUUGCUUCCUUUAUCAGAAAAGAACAUUUGAUACCAUGUUGUAUUUUUUCCUCUGCAUUAGAGAAGUUUUUCUAAAUGUUGAGGGAAAUCUCCAUAGUCAUUACUCAGUCAGAAUUUGUAUGUGCCUAAGGAUCAUUGUUGGUUUUUUGUUUAUUGGGGAGGGGGGGGAGUGGUAGGUGUGUAUACAUAUGUAAAUGGUUUUCUCUUCUUCUUUUUUUUUUUUUUUUACCAAAACAAAACCAUUUCACAACCAUAGAUAAGCUCAUGUUUCUGAACUGCCAUCAUUUUCAGCAACCUAAGAAAAAAAAUCAUUUGAAGUUAAAUUGAAAUUUUUCCUGAAGCUUUUAACCUUUGAAAUUAGAUAAUUUAUAAUUAAUUGGACAGUUUAAAUAUAAUGUAAACAGUGUAAAUUGGACAAUUUAAAGUAGACAUAUAAGAAUCCAUAUCUACAAUCAUAAAUGCAAGUUUAUUUGCAAAACCCCUGAAAGGAAAAUUUUAUCACUGCCAAUAACCUCCUCACCCAAAUGAGAAAAGUAGGCAAACCCUGAUGUGUUUUAAUUAGGUAAGCAACACUUAUUUAAAGGUUUCACCUCAUAAAAUGUUCCUUUACAAGAAGUUUAAAUCCCUAUGCUGUAUUGACUUAAAAAAUAGGGUCAUGGAGUGUGUAAGACUUUAUUCAUGGAUACCUAAUCAGAUUAUUAGAGACCUUGGCAAUUUGGGACCUGCUGGAAUAAAUGGAUGAACAGACUUUUUGUAAUCUAAACUCUUGGUCUGCAUGUUUUCUCUUUACUCCAACUCAGUCUUUACAUGUAGGCUCAGUCUCAGUAUUUGGGGUACUGGUUCAACAAAAGCCAGGAAAAACAAUAGCUUUGUAGUAAACAGAAUGUUACCCAACUGUAUAUUGUUUACUUUAUUGUAAAUACUGGUAAACAGUGGUUAAUAAAUAGUUUUAUAUUCCUUUGUGA